AUGGUGCCCUUACCCAGCUUCACAUGGACUUGCCAUAUAUGCAACCAUGACUGGCUCCACGGAACCACGCCUAACUGUCUCAACUGUGGUCACUUCACCUGUCCCGCCUCUAAUCUCAGUCCUCUGCAGGACGGAGGUGAUAUCGGCCCUAUCCCGACACCCACCUUGCGGCUUUUUUCAGAGCCUGGCAGAGUGGAAAUAGCAGGACCCGCGGAAACGAUUCAAACCGGUCUCCAACGGCGUCCCGAAGCUCAAAAGAGUCCAGUGAGGACGAGCUGGUUUAGUACUCAUAGGGAGGAUAAAUCCGGGAAGGCUUCAGAAUGGUCAAAAUACCCCAAUUUGCGACAGCACCACGAGAUUGACAAUCCGACGCAGAGAAUGGGGCAAUGGUAUUCUGGUCAGGUGUGGUCGGGUCUUCAAUCAGAGCGAUUGAAAGCUAAGAGUCCUUCCCACGCCAGACAACGCCCAAGUGAUAGCGAACAGAUUGACGAGAUUGACGAUCCGACGCAGGGAAUGGGGCAAUGGUAUUCUGGUCAGGCGUGGUCGGAUCUUCAAUCAGAGCGAUUGAAAGCUGGGAGUCCUUCCAACGCCAGACAACGCCCAAGUGAUAGCGAAUAUACUGACGAAAUCCCAAUUUUUUUGAGGGCAAAGCCUGUUAAAAGGGCAAAUAAAGACUCGACAAAAGCUAAACAGACAUCUCAACGCAAUGAAAGCGAAGAAGGAGUGACAGACACGCAUCUUGCUCAUCGCAUAACACAAUUUCUACACACUUUACUCAAGUCGUUGUAUGGUAUCAUGAAAAUGUUACUACCUACUCUCGAGCCGCCAGUGCCUCCAGGGCACACUCGAAUAAGAUGGAAAUGUCGAUGCGGGCAGAAAUUAUUUGACGACUUUGUCGAGAAUAGCCCUGGCUCCCUCGGCGUCUUGCGGGCCCGAUUACAAAGGCUAAACACGACGGAGGCUCCUACUCAGCGGCACGAAAAUUCCUUCCAACAGCGCAUCCAAACAAUUCAGCAGUCUCUACGCAUUUUUGGUGCUUGGAUAAAACAAGGCGUGGUGCAGGCAUUGCCAACGAUGAACGGAGGAAGCAGUGGGCUACCACUUCACACCCUAAGCACACAGUCACAGCAACACUCGACAAAUGAUCAAGAAGUUCUCCACCUCCUGAUGUGCAUUGACACAGGAGAGUUUAGUACACAACUGUACCAAAGCCGUCUACAACGUGUUACCAACGACGACGAGCUGUUUCAAUUCCUAAGGGACCGUUGCGUCAAGCACAGAAACUAUGCAUCAUGGUUCACAUUGCGUACCAUCAGGUCUCUUUCAUUAACUAGGUUCAAGGUCGAUGCCAACUGCUAUGCUAGUAUUCACCACCACGACAGCGUCCGCACACCGAAUUCAAAAUGCGUUUGCCUUCCUCCGAAAGACAGGGUCGCCAGCAAAGAAUAUCAGUGUGCCCCGGCACCCCAAGUGGAACUUGACUACUCCCCUGCAAUUGGGUCCCGCGAGUUAACACACUAUUUUCAGAAAUCUCAUACUUUUGGAGUGUCUCAGCGAAACAUAUACAAUCAAUUACCAAAACGGGCGUGUGGGCAACUUAGAGCUUCAUCUGAUGAAACACAACUUGGUUGGGGUAUUCACUUCCAGAGAGGUUUGAGCAUGAGGAGGAUUAGUUUCGUAGUAAUAUCCCUUGUACUGAUUGGAGGAAUUUUCGGGGUCAUAUGGUCAAGACUCACAAGGGAUACUCCGAGCGGCCUUACUAUUGUAACAGUAGGCGUCGAAGGUAUCGUAGCCAUGAGAAGAAAGAAGCAGCGCGGUAAAGAGGACGUGAAGGAGAGGGAUAAUAAGAGCGAGAAAAAAGAGGGAGACAGAUAG